AUGAUUCAGGUCUUCAGGGGAAAUAUAAAGGAGAAGAACCGGUUAAACGGUGCAGAAGAGAACCGGUUAAAGGGUGCAGAAGAGAACCGGUUAAAGGGUGCAGAAGAGAACCGGUUAAAGGGUGCAGAAGAGAACCGGUUAAACGGUGGAGAAGAGAACCAGUUAAACGGUGCAGAAGAGAACCGGUUAAAGGGUGCAGAAGAGAACCGGUUAAAGGGUGCAGAAGAGAACCGGUUAAAGGGUGCAGAAGAGAACCGGUUAAACGGUGGAGAAGAGAACCAGUUAAACGGUGCAGAAGAGAACCGGUUAAGCGGUGCGGAAGAGAACCGGUUAAACGGUGGAGAAGAGAACCGGUUAAACGGUGGAGAAGAGAACCGGUUAAACGGUGCUGAAGAGAACCGGUUAAACGGUGGAGAAGAGAACCGGUUAAACGGUGCAGAAGAGAACCGGUUAAACGGAGGAGAGAAGAGAACCGAAGAGAACCGGUUAAACGGUGCAGAAGAGAACCGGUUAAACGGUGCAGAAGAGAACCGGUUAAACGGUAGAGAAGAGAACCGGUUAAACGGUGGAGAAGAGAACCGGUUAAACGGUGCAGAAGAGAACCGGUUAAACGGUGGAGAAGAGAACCGGUUAAACGGUGCAGAAGAGAACCGGUUAAACGGUGCAGCAGAGAACCGGUUAAACGGUGCAGAAGAGAACCGGUUAAACGGUGGAGAAGAGAACCGGUUAAACGGUGGAGAAGAGAACCGGUUAAACGGUGGAGAAGAGAACCGGUUAAACGGUGCAGAAGAGAACCGGUUAAACGGUGCAGAAGAGAACCGGUUAAACGGUGCAGCAGAGAACCGGUUAAACGGUGCAGAAGAGAACCGGUUAAACGGUGCAGAAGAGAACCGGUUAAACGGUGGAGAAGAGAACCGGUUAAACGGUGGAGAAGAGAACCGGUUAAACGGUGCAGAAGAGAACCGGUUAAACGGUGCAGAAGAGAACCGGUUAAACGGUGCAGAAGAGAACCGGUUAAACGGUGCAGAAGAGAACCGGUUAAACGGUGGGGAAGAGAACCGGUUAAACGGUGAGGAAGAGAACCGGUUAAACGGUGAGGAAGAGAACCGGUUAAACGGUGAGGAAGAGAACCGGUUAAUCGGUGAAGAGGAGAACCGGUUAAACGGUGCAGCAGAGAACCGGUUAAACGGUGCAGAAGAGAACCGGUUAAACGGUGGAGAAGAGAACCGGUUAAACGGUGGAGAAGAGAACCGGUUAAACGGUGAAGAGGAGAACCGGUUAAACGGUGGACAAGAGAACCGGUUAACCGGUUAA